GUCACACUGAGGAGGAACGCACUGUGCUGUGGGUGCUGGUGUGAGGUCGGAAACUAUUAGCGGACGCACAGUUGUUUACAAACAACAAAGUGUCAGAACAAGAAACGAAAGUGUUGACGUAAACUAUUAAAUGUGGCGAAUCGUUAAUUUCCUCAACAGCAUGGAGCCUCAUGUCAGUCUAUAUCGACUAUAAACCACAGCGUGGAGUGAUAUUAUCGGCGUGUCUGUGGGGGCAGUGAGAUAAAGCUGAGCAGGUGUCUAAGUUGCAAAGAGGUGUUGGCUGUGGGCAGUCAGCAGGACACAUGGCAGAGGAAGGCAACAAGCUGACACUGAGGCGCCUGGAGGCACCCAUCCACAAGUUCAUUAAAGUGGCUCUACCCACGGACCUGGAGAGGCUGCAGAAACACCACAAUAACAUACUGAAGUACCAACAAAGCCAGCAAUGGGACCGGCUUCAUCUGGAGCACAUCAAUGCCAGCAGAACUGUUCAGCAGUUGAGAGCCAACAUGAGAGAGAUGGAGAAGCUGUGCACGCGGGUCCGUGCCGAAGACGCAGAGGCUCUGGACGCACUCGUCAAGCCAGUCAGAGACAGGGCGUCAGCCGCCGCACGAGACUUCCUGCUUUUGCACUCUAACCCCGUGCCUCAGCCUGCGCCAGCAACACCACCUGCCACUCAGCCAUCCAGCUGUGUGUCCAGCGGUUACCACGCUGCUGCUGAUGACGAUGAUGUGUACGAGGAGCAAGUCGUGUCUGGGAGGCAAAUUCAGCUCCACCUUCCAGAAAUCCCUGCAGAUCAGAGUGCGGCUGAGUCCUGGGACGACCUGGAAGAGGAGCUGAAGGAAUUGAGCGGUGUGGUGAUGGAGUUCUCUCUGCUUGUCCACUCCCAGCAGGAGAAGAUUGACAGCAUAGAGGACAACGUCAACACAGCCGCUGCCAACGUGGAGGAGGGGACCAGGAGCCUGGGGAAGGCGGUGGGCUACAAGUUGAUGGUGCUGCCGGUUGCCGGGGCGCUACUGGGCGGCGUAUUAGGAGGUCCGCUAGGCCUGCUAGCCGGGUUCAAAGUCGCCGGGGUGGCUGCUGCUCUGGGAGGCGGCGCCCUGGGUUUUGCGGGCGGCAACCUGGUCCAGAAACAACGCAAAGCCCGAGUGGAUCUAAAGAUGAAACAACUGACGGCACCGCCACCAGAGCCAGAGUCAAACAAGGACAAAUGACCCAGCAGCUCUGGUUGGUCCUCUGACCUCAGGUGCUGACCCAUCACUGAGGCUUCAGUGUUGAUUGACCUAUCAAGAAGCACAAACUCGACCUCCGGCGGUGUCACGUUGCCUUAAAUUGCCUUCAAGAUAAGACGUCAUCAAGUUUUGCUGAUACCACGCACUGUUAUAGCAUGUAAUGACAGCUUACUUUGAUGUCAAUUAGAUGUUGGUGCAAAUAAUUUACCAGAGGACAUUCUUCUGAUUUUAUGCACACUAUUAUUAUUUUUUUACACUAGAUAUUUUAUUGUGGUUGGGUCAGCAUGUCUUUACUAAAAUAAAUCUUUGGCAUGGAAUAAAUCAGACCAUUUUCAAAUACCCAACCAAUCAGUGAAAUGCCAUCACCAACAAGGGUACUGUUUGUUCCUCGCGCUCGCAUCUUUUUUCCUAUUAAUUUUUACUAGAGUUUACCAGCGAUCAUGCCUCAAUAUUCCUUUAUGCAGAAAAUAUCCCAAUGUGAACAGCUGCAGUACUGAGAGUACAAUAAGAUGCAUGGAGAGAAAAAGUGGUGGUGUUACAUUUAAAUUAAAGAGGUUAUGUUUCAAUGUUUGUAUAAAUUAUGCUGUAUGUAAAUACAGACUUGUUUUUGCAAAGUGUGAGAGCAAAAUUGCACAAAAAGCACCAAAGUGCCACUAUCCAAGAUCCUGCCAUGUAUUGAUUAUACUGCUGCUGGUUUUCUGCCAAAUAAAAUCUGUUCAACA